AUGCAUGGCGUGUCCCAAGAGAAGACAGAUAAGCACCAAAGAACCAGCUGUUUUCGCCGCUCUUCUCUCUUCGCAGUUCAUCCGAUUCACUGUGAAGCGGUGGCUGGCGUUGUUGGACGAGCUGACGUUCUUGUGGCCAUAGCAGUACUGGCUGGCAUUCUUUUGUACUACAAAACUCAGAGUGCGGCUGUAGCAGCUAUCUGUACAGUUGUCGCCGUUUGUUUCAAGGAGACCGGGAUAAUGUUACCACCAUUGCUCGUCGUUUUCCUUCUACUAAAGCCUUCAAAGGUAUCGAGACCGUCGUGA